AUGAUACACGAAUUCUACGCGAAUACGGAGAUAUUUGUGACUGGCGGUUCGGGCGCCGUUGGCAAAUCUUUGAUUGAGAAACUAUUGCGCUCCUGUGAUGUGCGAAAAGUCUAUAUACUACUGCGUACCAAGAAAAAUCUGAGUGUGGAGCAACGUUUGGAGAAGCUAAAGCAGGCGAAGAUCUUCAAAGUAUUACACGCCACGAAGCCGCAUAUGUUCGAACGGCUCAUACCGAUACCAGGCGAUGCAGCAUUACCGAAUUUGGGUAUCUCGUCAGAGCAUAUUGCUCUAAUGGCAAAUGUUUCGGUCGUGUUUCAUUGCGCAGCGACUGUGCGCUUUGAUGAACCGUUACCCGUUGCUUUGAAGCUAAAUGUGGGCGCCACCUAUGAGGCGCUGCUGUUCGCUGAGAAGCUGCAGAACUUGAAAAUGUUCAUGCACGUCUCAACGUUCUACAGCAAUCCCUACUUGAAGCGCGUCGAACCGAAGCUUUACGAUUCACCAUUAGAUUGGCGAAUGUGCUUGAAACUAUUGCAGGAUGAUAGCAAGCGAGAUACUUUGGACUAUUUAACAAAGAAGCUAACAGUUGGCUUCCCGAACACUUACACUUUCACGAAGAAUCUCGCCGAGAGUGUGGUCAACGACUUUCGUGAACGUUUGCCGGUUGCUAUAUAUAGACCGUCUAUAGUGCUUCAUGCUCUCUCCGAUCCCAUACCCGGUUAUCCACCGACCUUGAUGGGUGCUAUGGGUCUCUUCGUACUAGUCGGCGCUGGCAUACUUAAAACAGUCUUCUUGUCGUUUUCAACACGCUUUGACAUCACACCACAAGAUAUCGGUAUCAAAACAAUGCUGUACUAUGCCGCACGCGCCGGCAAUGAAUAUGCGCAGAAAAAAGCAAUUGCUGAAGCGCCCGUUUAUAUGUCCUCAUCAUCGAAACUGUCAAGUCACACCUUCUUUCAGAUGUGUCAGGUUAUGGAGGGUGGACUGUGGUAUCAGGCGGCGUUUGAAAAGAAUUUCAUGUUGCCCACUUGUCAUUACACGGAUAGUCGUUUUGUCUACAAAUUUUUGGUAUUCACCAAGCAAAUACUGCCUGCUUUGCUGGCGGACGGUCUAAUCAUGCUUACUGGACGCAAACCGGUACUUAUGGGUAUUGUACGUAAGGCCUAUAUCUCUUUGGAGGUUAUGAAACCAUUUCUCUUUAACACCUACGAUAGUCCGGGCAUGACACAUAUAGAAGAGAUGACGGAGGCAACAAAAGGCACCGAAUUCGAUCUUUUGCCCGAUAUCACGCGUGCCAAAACCGACGAAGGACUCCUUGACAUUUGUACUACUAUGAUUUUUUCAAUUCGUGAAAAUUUGCUCAAUGAGAAUCCAAAUACCAUUCCGAUUGCGCAGAAGAGAUUGAGAAUCAAGCGUUGGGUCUACAAUAUUCUACGUGCAAUUAUAGUCUACUACAUUUUGCGUUGGCUCUAUGCCUUUUUGCUCAAUUAUAUUGAAGGACCUACAGCACAAUAAUUAUUUGACAUCAGCUUACUUAGUAUCUAUAUA